AUCGAGUGCGCAGCUCUUAUUCGCGGCUCCUCGGAAGCUUUUCUGUUAUUCACGCGGCUCGCUAGGUCAUGGUGCCAACGUGACUGAGAAGAGGACGCUCCCGGGAGACGAAUGAGGAACCACCUCCUCCUGCUGUUCAAGUACAGGGGCCUGGUCCGCAAAGGGAAGAAAAGCAAAAGACGAAAAUGGCUAAAUUCGUGAUCCGCCCGGCCACCGCAGCUGACUGCAGUGACAUUCUGCGGCUGAUCAAGGAACUGGCUAAAUAUGAAUACAUGGAAGAACAAGUAGUAUUAACUGAAAAAGGUAACGCGACAGUGCCAGGGCGAGGGAUAAACGUUCUGUGCCUGUCACUUCCACCGAUGCCAACACUGUCCCCCCUGCCCCUUCUCACAGAUCUGCUAGAAGAUGGUUUUGGCGAGCACCCUUUCUACCACUGCCUGGUUGCGGAAGUACCUAAAGAGCACUGGACACCGGAAGGACACAGCAUUGUUGGUUUUGCCAUGUACUAUUUUACCUAUGACCCAUGGAUUGGCAAGUUACUGUAUCUUGAGGACUUCUUCGUGAUGAGUGAUUAUAGAGGCUUUGGCAUAGGAUCAGAAAUUCUGAAGAACCUAAGCCAGGUUGCGAUAAAGUGUCGCUGCAGCAGCAUGCACUUCUUGGUAGCAGAAUGGAAUGAAACAUCUAUCAACUUCUACAAAAGAAGAGGUGCUUCUGAUCUGUCCAGUGAAGAGGGAUGGAGACUGUUCAAGAUCGACAAGGAGUACUUGCUAAAAAUGGCAGCAGAGGAAUAAGGAGUGCUGGUGUAGAUGAUGACAACCUCCAUUCUAUUUUAGAAUAAAUUCUUAUCUUGCUUUCUGUCCUGUUUGUAGUGAAAUAAUAGAAUGAGCACCCAUUCCAAAGCUUUAUUACCAGUGGCGUUGUUGCAUGUUUGAAAUGUGGUCAGUUUAAAAUGGCAAUCUUGUAUGCAGUUUGGAGAGUCAGAUUGCUCCUUGAAUAUCUUUUGAUAAACAACAAGGUGGUGUGAUCUUAAUAUAUAUGAAAAAAACUUCAUUCUUGUGAGUCAUUUAAAUGUGUACAAUGUACACACUGGUAUUUAGAGUUUCUGUUUUGAUUCUUUUUUAAUAAACUACUCUUUGAUUUAA